CAUACACACACACACACGUAUAUAUACACACACCCUUAUCCAUUUCUCUCAAGCCAUGCUUGUUUCAAUUAUCAGUGUGGCAGAAGUUGAGGGGUUGCGCGAUCUAUUGCUUGCUCCCGCUGUUAACGAGUGUGCUGCAUGGAUAUGGAACACAGUUCUUACGAAACGGCAUCGACACAGCAAAGAGGGAACACACUCGAGUCCAAUGCUGAGCGCUUUGCCAAGGUGGCUGCGAGAAAAGGCAUCCACGUCGCUGAUCCUGCAGGAACAAUGCGGAAGAUGUUUGAGACCUUUGUCGGAAAAAGAUUGGGUGAUGGCCCAGAGAAGGCAAGCGCCGCUAGAGAACAGAGAGGUGACUCUUCGCAGCAGCAGCCCCGGUCAGAGAAACAAACCAAAGAUACGAAGCCGAAGAAGGCUAGGCAGACCAAAGGAGAGGUCGAAUCCUCGUCAUCGUCCUCAUCAUCCUCGUCGACUUCAGGUUGCAAGACGAAGCCACAUAAGAAAAGAAAGAGGAAGAAAAUAAAGGAAACGAAGGCCAAGCGAACGAAAAAGGAACGUGAGCUUCCCAAAGGUAAGAAGUGUUCCAAUUCUGCGGCGGACAAGCUGGCGCGUGAGAAGAAGCGAGAAGAGGCUGAUCAGCUAAAGGCUAUGGACCCCAAGCAUGCUGCCAUCAUCAAGCGUUUCAGGAAGACUUGUGCACGAGUACCUUCGCAGUAGCAUGCUCGUCGAUGCUGGCCCAAACAAAUUCUGUCAGAGUCAUGGGCAUGGUUGCUCCGCUCAGCCGACACGCAUUCGGAGGUCCACAGACACGAUGAAUCGGACUAAACCUCCAAAGGAGGGCCUCAAUACCGUCGGAUUCCAGCACCGUUUGAUUGCAGAGGUUUGAUUGCAGAGGGUCCAGCGUUGUUGGCAGCAUAGUUGGCGAAGCACGCCGUCCGCAGGCUUAUUGCAUCUGCUGGCACCGUCUGCCUCAACCGCAAUCUAUGGUGCAUCUCACAGCGCAUGCCCAUUCAAUGAAGUUGAAUAUACUUUGGUGUGUUACGACAAGCAAGCCGCCUGUGGCAACCACAUGUGCGCAUGAGUUGAUGGCGAGCCGGAGACGGGAGUGGAGGAAGGUGGAAUAUUUUGGUAGGUCAGUUGCGAGGAGGCGGUUGCUAGCGAAUCCGAUGGCAUGGGUGCUUUACAGAACAUGCCUGGCAAGAGUCAGAUGCCCGGCCUACGGAUGAGACAGCAAUUGCAAGAGCGACAUGUUUCAUCAAACAUGCCAUGAUCGAAGACGC